AUGACCCCUGGUUGCAAUAAAGGUGACCAUGAUCAUGCUCAUUGCUAUGGCAAGGGUGGAGGAAUGGAAGGGCAGGCGCCCUGGAUGAGAAAUAAGAAGAAGGACAAUGCUAAUGCCACACCAGUUGCCGCUGCUGCUACCACAUCAGCUGUACCUCCUGCACCUCCACCACCAGCUCCAGUCAUUGCAGCUGCUGCUGCAGACUUAAGCAGCCUGAUGCAGGACUUAUUGUUUGCAUUGAUUGCUGAGAUCCUGAAUGAGAUUGCAUGUGCCAUCAACCUUCCUUUCAUGACCAUCCUGGACUUGGGUACCACUGUGACGCUUGUCAAGGAGCAUCGCUUCUUCCAAACUUAUUCAACAGAGGAUCCAGUUGAUGUUCUCACUGCAAAUCAUGGUGUUCUUCAAACAACUGGACAUGGGAACUGCAUCACAUGGCUUACCAUUGGAAAAUGGCGUCUCCACAUCUGUUUGUCAAACUGCCUGCAUGCACCUGAUGUGCUGCUCAAUCUACUAUCUGUGAGCUGCAUGAAUGCCAAGGGCUGGGACUGUGAACUUUUGCACGAAUAUGAUGUGCGAACUAGGAUACAAAGGUUCACUGCUUGGGGCUAUCCCUGCAAUGGGUAA